GCGUCCCGUUCGCUGCGCACCCGGCUCGGGGCGGGCUCGGCUCCAGCCAUGCUGUUCUGGCACACGCAGCCCGAGCACUACAACCAGCACAACUCCGGCAGCUACCUGCGGGAUGUGCUCGCUUUGCCCAUCUUCAAGCAGGAGGAGCCCCAGCUGUCCCCCGAGAAUGAGGCCCGCCUGCCACCCCUGCAGUACGUGCUGUGUGCCGCCACGUCCCCCGCUGUGAAGCUGCAUGAAGAGACUCUGACCUACCUCAACCAAGGUCAAUCUUAUGAAAUCCGACUGCUGGAGAAUCGGAAGCUGGGAGACUUUCAAGAUCUGAACACAAAAUACGUCAAGAGCAUCAUCCGCGUGGUUUUCCACGACCGCCGGCUGCAGUACACGGAGCACCAGCAGCUGGAGGGCUGGCGGUGGAGCCGGCCUGGAGAUCGCAUCCUGGACAUCGAUAUUCCACUGUCUGUUGGUAUCUUGGACCCCAGGGCCAGCCCGACCCAGCUGAACGCCGUCGAGUUUUUGUGGGACCCUUCGAAGAGAGCCUCUGCGUUCAUUCAGGUGCACUGUAUCAGCACUGAGUUCACCCCGAGGAAGCACGGGGGCGAGAAGGGCGUGCCUUUUCGAGUACAGAUUGAUACAUUUAAGCAGAACGAGAAUGGGGAGUACACGGAACACUUGCACUCGGCCAGCUGCCAGAUCAAGGUGUUCAAGCCAAAGGGAGCUGACCGGAAACAGAAGACCGACCGGGAGAAGAUGGAGAAAAGAACCGCGCAAGAGAAGGAGAAGUACCAGCCAUCCUAUGAAACCACCAUCCUCGCAGAGUGCUCUCCGUGGCCUGACAUGGCCUACCAGGUGAACAACGCCCCAUCCCCAAGCUACAAUGGCUCUCCAAGCAGCUUUGGUCUUGGCGAAGGCAACACCUCUCCGACCCACCCGGUGGAGGCCCUGCCCGUGGGCAGUGACCACCUGCUGCCGUCAGCCUCCAUCCAGGACGCCCAGCAGUGGCUCCACCGCAACAGGUUCUCGCAGUUCUGCCGGGUCUUUGCCAGCUUCUCGGGUGCUGACUUGUUGAAGAUGUCUCGAGAUGAUUUGGUUCAGAUCUGUGGCCCUGCAGAUGGGAUCCGGCUCUUUAAUGCCAUCAAAGGCAGGAAUGUGAGGCCCAAGAUGACCAUUUAUGUCUGUCAGGAGCUGGAGCAGAACCGAGCACCCCUACAGCAGAAGCGGGAUGGCAGCGGGGACCCCAGUCUGUGUGUGUACCACGCCAUCUUCUUGGAAGAGCUGACCACCUUGGAGUUGAUUGAGAAGAUCGCCAACCUGUACAGCAUCUCCCCCCAGCACAUCCACCGAGUCUACCGGCAGGGCCCCACGGGCAUCCACGUGGUGGUGAGCAACGAGAUGGUGCAGAAUUUCCAAGAUGAAUCCUGUUUUGUCCUCAGUACCUUAAAAGCCGAGAGCAAUGACGGCUACCACAUCAUCCUGAAAUGUGGCCUCUGAGCAGGAGUAGAGUGUGCGGCUGCCUCCAACUCCCAGCCCCAUGGACCCCUUGGAUGUAGAAAUUGCACCACUGUAAGCUGCGGCCUUACCUGGGAAGCUGUGGCUAGGAAGGAGCUUGCCUGG